CUUCUUGGACUACUUAACCAGCUGGGAAAGCUAGCUCACAAGCUCAUCAUUUCCAAGACCUUAAAAUAUCCAUGCAGCUUACGUCCUCCUUGCUUUCUUUUUAAACUCAAAUCCUCUUCCUCUUUCUCCUCACCAGUCACCACUAUGUCUUCUUCUUCUCCUUCAUCCAAUAAUAUUCCAUUCAUCAUGCAAACAUCUCUUGAUUCUCUUCUUCUUCUUCUUCUUCUUUUGGCCACCUUCUUCACACCCUCAUUAUCAUUGAAUGUAACUGAUGAUCAUAACUUAUUAACCAUAAAAUCUCUAUGCCAAACAACUCCAUAUCCAAACUCCUGCUUUGAAGCAUUGAAGCUCUCCAUCUCCAUCAACAUCAACCCUUCCAUUCUCUCCUUCCUCCUCCAAACCCUGAACACAGCCAUCUCAGAGUCCACCAAGCUCUCCUCCCUCCUCUCCCACUCCUCCACUAGCAUCAUAGAACACCAAAAAGGCUCCCUCCAAGACUGCCAAGAACUCCACCAAAUCACCCUCACUUAUCUAAAAAAAUCAUCUUCCAUCAUCAAGUCCAACUCCGACAAACUCUCCGACGUACGGUCUCAUCUCAGCGCCGCACUCACUAACAAAGCCACAUGUUUAGAAGGCCUUGCAACCGCUUCAGGGCCAUCAAAACAAGCUCUCGUCUCCUCCCUCAUCUCUACCUACGCUCAUGUCACCAACUCCCUCUCCAUCAUCUCUAAACGCACCGCCGGCACCGGUAAAAAAGGCAGGAAACUCUCCGGCGAGCUCCCAAAAUGGUUAACUAGAAAAGAUCGGAGGUUACUGCAAAGUGACGAUGAUUAUGACAAUGAGUAUGAUCCGGCGUCCAUUCUGACGGUGGCCGCCGACGGCACCGGAAACUUCACGACGAUCAGCGACGCCAUUGCUUUCGCCCCUAACAACAGUGAUUACCGGACGGUGAUCAUCGUCAGAGCUGGGGUUUAUGAUGAGCACGUUGAGAUCCCGAGCUACAAACCUAAUAUUGUGCUCCUCGGAGAGGGCAGUGACGUCACCAUCAUCACCGGCAACCGUAGCGUCGCCGACGGCUGGACUACUUUCCGGUCGGCCACUGUCGCUGUAUCAGGACAAGGAUUCUUAGCACGAGAUUUAACGAUCAUGAACACGGCCGGGCCGGUCAAGAACCAGGCUGUUGCGCUGCGAGUGAAUGCCGACUUGUCUGCCGUCUACCGGUGCAAAAUUGAUGGUUAUCAAGACACACUCUAUGUCCACUCCUUUCGACAAUUUUACCGGGAAUGUGAUAUCUUCGGCACUGUCGACUUUGUCUUCGGCAACUCGGCCGUGAUCUUCCAAGGUUGCAACCUGGUAGCCAAGAAGCCAUUGCCAGGGCAAUCCAAUGUGAUCACUGCUCAGUCUAAAGAUGACCCAAAUGAAGUCACUGGAAUAUCAAUCCAGAAUUGCAGUGUAUUAGCAUCAGAUGAUCUAUCAACCAGUCAAGGUGGCACUAGGACCUAUUUGGGCAGACCAUGGAGGAUAUACUCCACAACAGUCUACAUUGAGUCUUAUAUUGACUCAUUGGUUGAUCCACUUGGCUGGCAAAGGUGGUCAUCAGGUGAUGAAGGCUUGGACACACUUUAUUAUGGAGAGUAUGAAAACUUUGGACCUGGUUCAUCGACUAAUCAUAGGGUUGAUUGGCCUGGUUACCAUAUCAUGGACUAUGAUGAUGCAUUCAACUUUACUGUGUCCGAGUUCAUCUAUGGUGAUGAGUGGUUGGAUUCCACCUCUUUUCCUUAUGAUGAUGGCGUAUAAAUAUAUAUUUAAUCUUUCUCCAUUAUUCAUUAUUUUCACAUUAUAUAUAUUUUUCACAUGUAUACAUCUUUGUACUGGCUUUAAUGUUUAUCACUAUAUAUAUUUGUCUAA